AUGCCGACUGCUAUCAAAAGUGAUGCGAAAGUAAGAACUGUUAAAAUAGAAGAUGGUGUAAUAUCUGGUGAGAAAUACUGGGACGGAGAUUUUUAUGAGUUUUAUGGGAUUCCUUAUGCCAGUGUACCUAAGGGACGUGAUCGGUUUAAGGCACCUCUUCCCGCUGAAAAGUGGAAUGGAAUACUCCAAGCGACAGACAGUCGUAGGCUUUGUCCUCAAACAUUCUACACCGGCGAAGACGUUGACGAAAUUUUCCUAGAGGGUGAAGAAGACUGCCUGACCAUAAACUUGUUAGUUCCCGAAGUCGCUUCGGAAAAAAAUUUACUACCAGUCGUAAUGUACAUACAUAGUGGAGCUUUUGCAGUUGGAAAUGGAAAUAUGGCAAAGUUUCACUUUUUAGCAAGACAUAAUAUCAUUGUUGGCAGUUUUAACUUCAGACUCGGUGCUAUAGGAUUCAAUUGCCUCGGAACCGAGGAUAUACCAGGCAAUGCCGGAAUGAAAGAUGCAGUAGCAGCUCUUAGGUGGAUUAAUAGAAACAUCAAGAAGUUUGGAGGUGACCCUAAAAAAGUUACUCUAGCCGGAUUUAGUGUCGGGGCAACCAUGGCAGAGUUACUUGUUUUAUCGAAAACUACUGAUGGAUUGAUUGACAAACUCAUACUUGAAAGUGGAUCAGCUUUAUCAACUUAUGCAAUUAAUAGAGAUCCUAUAGCAACAGCUCUUAAUAUUGCCAAAUCACUCAAUUAUAGUGGUGCAGACCAUGAUAUUAAAAGUCUAACAGAAUUUUACAUUAACGCUAAACCGGAGUAUCUAUCUGUCAAGAGUCUAAAUUUCUUCCUCACCAAUAGUACAUUUGGGUUCGCACCUUGUAUAGAGAAUAAUAUUGAUAACGUAGAACCUUUCUUAACCGAAUCACCACUAGAGUUAAUGAAAAAAGGAGACCAUAAGAAAGUGGCCAUAUUGACCGGUUUUUCUAAUAUGGAAGGCAUCAGUAGGUCUAUGAAAUUUGAUACAUGGAGUGAGGAAAUGAAUAAAGAUUUCUCAAAAUUCCUUCCAGCAGAUUUGCAGUUUGACAGCAAAGAAGCAAUGCAAAAAACUAUUGAUAAUAUUAAAGCUGAUUACUUCAAUAAUAAAGAAGUAACCCUUGAUAAUUUGCAAGGUUACAUCGAUUACUUUAGCGAUUCAAUGUUUAAUUAUCCUAUAAUAAAGUCUGCUAAUUAUCACGCAGCGAAUUCAAAAAGACCUGUAUACUUUUACGAAUUUGCAUAUGUUGGAACACUGAACAUGAAACAUUAUUAUAUGGAUAGAAUCAAAGGAGCCAGCCAUAGAGACCAGUCAUCGUAUAUUUUAGAUUUCUUUACCUUUACAAAUAAGCUUGAUGACCUUUUGAUGAGAGAGCGAAUGACUUCAAUGUGGGCCGACUUUGUAAAGUAUGAAGAUCCAACAAGGUACGAAAGUGCUGUAGUCGAUUUCAAGUGGCCGACGUAUUCUGAGAAGGAACCUUAUCAUCUUGUAUUAAAUGUCAAAACGGAAAUGAAGAAACAUCUUUCGCUGCGAGGGUACAAUUUCUGGGAUAAUAUUUAUCAAGAAUACUAUUGGACGCCGAAAGCCCCUGUGCCUCCAAAACCAGUCUUACAGGACCCGGAAGCGACAAAGAACAAACCAAAAGAGGAGCAAAAAGCAGAAGACAAUCAAAAAAUAGAAACUAAAUCCACAGAAACAAAAACAACAGAAUAUAAAGCCACUGAAACUAAAGCCACAGAAUCUAAAGCUACAGAAACAAAAGCAGAAAUGAAACCUACAAAUACGAAUACGGCACAAGAACGGAAAUCACCAGUACCUCAAAAUCAGCAAAACAACAAUCCAGGCCAGAAAGUACAGCCUGAAAAUCCAAAAACGGAAACCAAAGCUGACGAUAAAAAGGCAAAUGAACAAAAAACAUAACAAAUGACAGGAAAAGUAACUUAUGACUCAAAUGAAUAACGCUUCAAGUAGACCAGAAAAGUAUUGAAUAAAAAGGUGACUUCAAUUCAGCUAUUAUUUAAAUUUUAUUUGUGUCACUAUUGUUUUUUCGUCAGAGAAUGCUAGAUAAAUGUUACCAAUACAAAAAAUACGCUUUUUCACUCAAUGUAUAAACAACCAAUAAUAAUUUAAUACAAAGACCAAUACAAUUAUACUUUAUUUCAAUCCAUUUUGAACAAAAUGUAAA